UCUUUCGAGUAACCCAACAAAAUCACUGUCAAAUUUCUAAAUUUUUAUUAAUUUAAAAAUUAAUACAAAAAUUCGAAAUAUCAAACCAUGGAUAGAACUCCGCCUUUCAAUCAACCAUUCUAUAACACCUGCGAGAUGUAUCCACGCCGCAGGACAACGGAAUUCUAUAGAUCUCCGGAGCCAAGAGCAUCGUGUCAAAGUCGAAGGCCAGAGCACCCGAGGGAUGUGCUGAACGUAACCCCCGACCAAAAUCGGGAGGUCGCUCGCCGAUUGCCACGGAUUCAGCCUUCCAAUAACUCUGAUAGUAAUGUUCUUCGAAAUGGUUAUUUUUCGUAAAUUUCGCUCUCUCAUAAAAUAUUUUGUAAUAUAUUUAUCAGUUUAAAAGAA